UUCUUCUUCUUCACAAUCACGUAUCUCUCCACAUAAUUUCUCUUCUUUUUCUUUCUCAGAGAAGAAAAAAACGCUCACAGAUUCAGAGCUAUAUCACUUUGUGCAUCUUUACUGGUCGGCCAUGGCUGCCGCGAUGAGAAUUAUCUUCGGACUACUAACAUUCGUCACUAUCGGAAUGAUUAUAGGUGCUUUGUUUCAAUUGGCAUUUAUACGAAGACUGGAAGAUUCAUAUGAUUUUCCUAAUUUUCGAACAUCACAGAGGCGUCAACUUGAUAGCUAUAUUCAGUUGCCCAGAGGUAUUCAUCAUUGGAAUGAUGACAAAGAGACAACAGUUUUACGACUUGGAUAUGUUAAACCUGAAGUAAUUAGCUGGUCACCUCGUAUCAUCAUACUUCAUAAUUUUUUGAGCAUAGAGGAAUGUGAUUAUCUUAGAGGUUUAGCCCUCCCCCGUCUUCAUGUUUCUACUGUGGUGGACACAAAAACAGGGAAGGGAAUAAAGAGUAAUGUUAGGACAAGCUCGGGGAUGUUUCUAACUCCUGAAGAGAAAAAGUAUCCAAUGAUACAAGCUAUUGAAAAGCGAAUAUCUGUCUAUUCACAAAUACCUGUGGAAAAUGGGGAGCUGAUUCAGGUCUUAAGGUAUGAAAAGAGUGAGUUUUACAAACCACACCAUGACUACUUUUCUGAUACUUUUAACUUGAAGCGUGGUGGUCAGAGAGUAGCAACAAUGCUAAUGUAUUUAAGUGACAGUGUUGAGGGUGGAGAGACAUACUUUCCUAUGGCUGGUACAGCUGACUGUAGCUGUGGUGGAAAAAUAAUGAAAGGUUUAUCUGUGAAACCGGUUAAAGGAGAUGCUGUUCUCUUCUGGAGCAUGGGUCUUGACGGACAAUCUGAUCCAAAUAGCAUUCAUGGCGGGUGCGAAGUACUUUCAGGGGAAAAGUGGUCAGCUACAAAAUGGAUGAGGCAAACAGUUACCUCUUGAAAUAAAUUUGGUGAAGUUUAUAUAUUCUUUACAAAUGCAGUCAGUGCUCAGUCCAGUUUUCUAAUAUAUAGGCAUAAUUACAUCUUACAUAAUCCCCCUUGCAGUAAGAUAGGAGCGUAUAACUCUUUUCUACUGAGGCUCCGGUUAAAUUAUAUAUGCUUUUUCUUUCUUUCUCAAGUCUUAAAAGAGAAACUAUAGGGUAGCGGUAGUUGAAGUUGGUUAUAGAAAGAAAUGCCCCCUGCUGUGUUUAACAUAGAUGUCUUCUGUAUAACUUCACAUUAGAACUUUCAAUGGAGUGCUCUUAUCCCUUUUCA